CGACGGAUGAUAACAGCUUUUGAGAAACUCCCGCAGUGGAUUUUGAUUCUGCCCGCCCCCAACGGCAAACAUUAUCUUCUGCAGGACGGUAAUCGAUCUAGAAAAGGAAUGGACGCUGCCUUGUGUAGGGUCGCGUCUUUUAGAUAAUACAAUGGGCUUGACGAUUCUGCAUGUUAUCGAUCGGGACUUUCUCGUCACCAGUAUAGGCGAUACGUGGACCUACAAUGACAUACGUUAAUAAGGAAAGCGUCACUACGAUUGGGAUCAUCUUUCCUAUUCUUGUUGUCGUGUCUUUGGGAAUUCGGGCAUUGGGAUGGCGGCGAAAUUCGCGUGUUCUUGGGGUCGAUGACUUUCUCAUCGUGCCUGCUGCUGUUCUCACGAUAGCAGCCGGUGUGGCGAUGGUUAUCGGAGCGCAAAUGGACAUCGUUGGAGGACACUCGAGUCUAGGAAUUACACCGCCCAAGCAGCGCCAAGUUGGAAAGUUCGAAUAUGCCUUCUGGAUCGGCCACGUCCUCGCCAUCGGCCUGAUCAAACUCGCCCUCCUCUUCCUCUUCCGGCGCAUCUUCAAAGGCAGCGCAUACCAAACACCCUUCGACUACGCCAACUGGACUCUCAUCGUCCUCGUCACCUUAUGGACCGUGGUCUUCCUAUUCAUUCAGAUCUUCGCAUGCGGUGCGGACCCGUCCCGCGGGUGGGCCAGCCUGGAGUCGCUGCGAAGUAAAUGCGUCGAUACGUUUGCGAUGCAGACUGGGUGUGCGGUGUUCAGUUGGGUGAUGGAUUUGGCGAUUUUAAUUGAGCCGCUGUUCAUGAUCGCUCCGUUGAAAAUGAGCUUCCGAAAGAAACUCCAGGUUUCGCUGGUCUUCUUCUGCAGUAUCUUCGCCGUCAUAGCAGGCCUCCUCCGAAUGAUCGGCUGGAUCCAAAUAGUAAUGCAAGGGACGCAGAACCCAACCACAAAGAUCCUAUCCACGGUGCUCCCAUCAAUCGAUCAAGAAGGAAUCGUCUCGAUAAUCCUCUUCUGGACAUACGUCGAAAUCGGCGUCGGAUUCCAAGUCGCCUGUCUGCCUCCCUGCGCACGUCAUCUGGAUAAACUCUCGUUCGCGCGCGUCCUCGAUAAAAUGGGCUCUUGGCCGUCUGCGCUUACUUUGCUCUCGAGCGGGAGGAGAGGUAGAGGGUCGAGGAAUCAUACCUCCGGUUCGGGGUCGCAGGGACAUGCGCCGAGCUUGGGGUAUGCGGUUCAAAGCUUUAAGGGUGGGAAGGGAUCCAGAGGGUCGAGGUCUGAGGAUGAGAUUGAGUUGUAUGGGGUUUCGACGCCGGUGGGUGGUCGAGGAUAGGGAUUUUCUUUCAGACUUUUGGGGGUUUUUUGGUCUUUAAAUGUUUUGCUUGCGGUUAAGGACUGAAUCAGUGGAUGUAAUGUUU